AUGUAUGCGAUAAAUAAGGCAUACGGUCUGGAUGCACAUUUUGAUAAACUGUGGCGGCAAAUAAGCGAUAAUGCCUAUCCGAAAUCGCUAGACGUCUACAAACACGCAAGCCAAGCAAAAUACCCAAUUGAGAAUGUCGCGAAACUGGAGAAGCUCAUGGACUCACUUUCCGUGACAUCCAAGUCUCAACCGUUACUGCAGACGGAAAGGCUUUUGAAAAUAAUUGCCGAAUACCCCGAUGAUGUGCUCAAUGCUGAUCCCACGCUGCCAGACGUGAAUGUUUUCAUGGCACACGUCGUAGACACUUCUUGGCUCGUAGCUGCUAAGGCUGCAGUCCAGACUCUCGGAGUUAUACUGAAUACGCUAUCAGAUGAUGUACUCUCCCUCAAUGACGAGAUGCUCUAUUGGGAUAGUGUUUUGGAGUCCCCCUGGUCACUUGGGCUCUAUAUGCUCCAAACCUCGCCAGUGGUGCUUUGGAACAGAUCCCGAAAAGUCUGGCACCAUGCUAACUCCAUGAACAAUUCCCGGACGUCCGGUCAACCCAGCUGGAUGCAAUUUUACGAAUCUGUUCGUCAGUGUGUCCUUCCCCAAAGUUUGCAUUUUUGGCGGGGAAGGAUGUUAUCACCACUCUCAACAGCGAAGUCAGAUGUACGGCAGAAACGGAAGACAUUGAGUUCAUUGAAAGAUAUGAAUGCUUGUAGCAUAGGGAUCCUCAUAAGAAACAGUUUCUCAUGCGCAGUUGGCGACAAUUUUACAGGUGACAAUAGCCAUGGUAUGUUCACUGAGAGCUGGCAGAUCAACGUCCUUGAGAGUGUGGCCUUGAUGAAAUUGCUUCUCGAAGAUGGUGAAAAGGCAAGUGUCCCGUGGAAUCACGAAGAGCACAUAAACAUGGCGAUCAAUCAAGAAGUCACGUCGAUGCGCAUGCAUUACUGCAGUGAUCUAUCAUCUGAGGGUCCGAGAUUUGUCAUGAACCAAUUGGGCUACAUACUUGAACAGCUUCUACCGGCCUAUGCCAAAGCUUCAGCCACAACAAUUAACAACUCUGGACGCCCCCAUUACCUAGUACGUUUUUGGUUACCUUUAACCCUUGCACUAUUAUCAACAAGUACAUCACUGGAGCUGUUACGGAAUAGGCGCCAUGAGCUCUUGGAAUGGAUUGCCAAUUUCGGUUCAACCACUAUCGAAUUUUGGAACAACUGGGUUGUAGACCCACUCCGCAGGCUUGUCGGCACUAUAAGACAUGAUGAAAAGAGUGAAAUUGCAUUGAUGAGUAGAAACAGCUUGGAAGCCGAUCGAGCGAGUUUGGAAAGAAUGGUUGUGGACUUCGUUCUUGAUCGUUGUGAACCGAACAAGAAUGACUAUGAUGCUUUUGAUACCCAUGUCAUUGCUGCUAAAGUCCGGGAGGGUGACUUGACACCAGUGCUGAAAGCAUAUGAAAAUGACCUACGUAGUCCUUUUGUCGGGACCAUCAAGGGUGAUUUGGUGCGAGCACUUCUAAUACAGAUACAGAAAACAAAAGUAGAUGUUGAAAUCGCGAUAGGGGGAAUUGACGCUCUGUUGAAAAGCCAAGAGCUGGUUUUUGGGUUUAUUGGACUAACCCCAGGCUUAAUGGUGUCAUUUGCGACUCUUCGUUGGCUUUACGGCUUGCUGGGCAGUCGAAGGGGCUUCCGAAUGGGUAAGCAGCAGGACGAACUGAGGCAUGCUUUGCGGAUUGUACAUCGGACUUUAACAUCGUCUGCCUCCACUCCUGGCAAUGCGCUGGCAUUUAGAGACUAUGGUCUCCUCAUAUGCAACGCCGAAGUCCUACUUUCAAAGGCGCGGAUCAUACUGAAAGGCGCAGAUCUCCGUUCAUUCCAGGAAGACAUCAAUGAAUUAGUCGAGCGAGAUACGAUUGACCGGCAACUCAAGGUUGUUGAACGAAUGGGCUGGGUCUACUCAAAAUGGAUUUGA